GAUGCGUAUGUAGGGCGGUCAUCUCUCACAGACAACGCUCAUCAUCUGCCCCCUACCUAUAUCAAUCCUAUAUAUGAAGAGAAUGAGAUGACAAGACGCCGCCGCACUAAUUAUUCUCCAUGCCAAUCUCCCCAAGCAGGGAAUAAGCUCUACGAUGAGUGUGAUCCUACGGUGCACGGCGACCGGGUCCUGCUGCCCCGGCAGGCCAGCUCGGCAUCACCGGCUGGGCCGCCGGAGGUGUCGACGACGUCCUCGUCGACGGGGUCGGGGAGGAGCGCGACGGAGGCAAGGGCCCUGAAGGUCCACAGCGAGGCCGAGCGCCGGCGUCGGGUGAGGAUCAACGCUCAUCUCACGGCGCUCAGGAGGAUGAUCCCUGAUACCAAGCAGAUGGACAAGGCCGCCUUGCUAGCCAGGGUGGUGGACCAAGUGAAGCACCUGAAGAGGAGAGCAGGCGAGGCCGCACAGCAAACGCCGGCUGUCCCACCGGAGACCGACGAGGUCUCCAUUGAAUUCUGCACCGGAGACGAUGACUCCAGACUGUACAUGAAAGCCUCGGUCAGCUGCGACGACCGCCCGGACCUCGUCGCCGGGCUCAUCCAGGCGCUCCAUGGCCUCAGGCUGAGGACGGUGAGAGCGGAGGUGACCUCCCUAGGAGGAAGGGUGCAGCAUGUCUUCACACUGUGCAAGGAGGAGGACGAGGAAGGCAGCGCAGCAGCAGGCCUUGCUGGACUCACGUCUCUGAAGGAGGCUGCGAGGUUGGCUCUGGCCAGGGUUGCUUCACCAGAGCUGGUAUGUGGUGGUAGCCCGUUCCAGUUCCAGAGCAAGAGGCAGAGGAUUCUCGAGUCGCAUUAUUCAAUCAUGUCCAUAUAGAUGAGUACUUCUGGAGUAAGUAUAUUUUGGUGCCAGAUUUGAGGUUGGAACCAUGGUUUUGGGUACCGCCCGAGAAAAACGGAUACCGGGCGGUUACCGCGUUUCUCGCCGCCCCACGAGAAAUACCUAUCCCGAGCAAAAAAUACCGAAAUUUUUGAAUAAUUUGAAUUUGAACGCUCAAGGUCUAAUAAAUUAGCUUUGUUUCUCCUU